AUGUCUGCCAGAACGCAAAGAUUGCUGACGAUUGCAUCGACUAAGCUGUAUACCGAACUGGAUGCUGGCGAGUUGCACGAUUUACAUGAUGAAUUGGUCGCUUACACGAGCUCUCUUGGUUCGGGAGUAUCAGAGUCUGCACAGCUCACACUGCUAGAAAUGCUGUUUUAUGUGAAAGUUUAUCUGAGCAAAGACGUGGAUGCACAGGUGAUUUACAACACACUUAGGGACAGGUUUGGGGAACAUUCUCCUAGCUUAUAUGUGAUGAAAGCCACUUUGCUACAGAUCAAUGAAGGUGACCAAGUGGCUAUUGAUUACAUCGAGAAAUUGAUUAAAGAAUCCUUAGAAUACGAUACAGAUGCGGUAAGUUACCUGCUUCUGCAGAAGAAACUGCUGUCGAUAAAGGCUAGCUCCCAUGACAAGGAGUGGCUGCUCAAGCAGGUGCUUUCGUUGAUCGAAAAAUUUCCCUUGGACCCUGAGCUCUACUGGUUUGCCGCAAAGAUCUAUACGGAGUUGGGCCAGUUUGACCGUGCGGCGUACUGCUAUGAGGAAGUGCUUUGCAUAAUGCCCUUCAACUAUGUGGCCUUUGGGCAACUAGCAGAGUCCCUGUACUAUAAAGCUUUGAAGAACGAGAAGCUGUCGACGAGACGCCGUGAUGGUCUACAAAAAGCACUGGAAAAUGCUUUGAGGAGCGUCGAAUUAAGUGAGAAUUAUCUGAAGGGGUGGUCUUUCGUAGCUAUGAUAUCUAAAAAAUUGGAUGGCCGGGAUAAAAUAUUCAAGCUGGCACGCUCCAAGAUCCAGCAGAUUGCCGACAGCUCGAACGCCAAAAACAAAGCUACUGCCAAUCUGCUUCUGAAAAAUCUAUGA